UGUUCAUCAUCAGGCUACAUCCGACCGAUGCUUUCUACUGAAAAGAAAAUAACUGAACAAUGAAUCAUCUUAGCCCGCCUUUUGAGUCCCAUGGGAAAACUUUUUUCAUACAAGAGUAUAAAUAGCUGCACUUUUCGAUAGUGUAGUUACAGGUCUUAGGAGUGAUCAACUUUCUAAUCUGCAGCAAUGGAGUUAGGCUUACUGAUUUCUGUCAUCCUUUCGUGCUCGCUUAGUUGCGUUUUUGCGUUGUUACCGAAAGAAGAGGUGUGUCUUCUUCAAGUAGACGAGGGAUCAUGCAGAGGAAAUAUUCAGCGUUACUACUAUAAUACUGUCACUCAGCAGUGCGAGGAGUUCAGCUAUGGAGGUUGCCAAGGAAAUGCAAAUAACUUCAUGAGUUUUGAAGCUUGUCAGAAAACAUGUUUCAGAAUACCAAAGAUCCCCCAGAUCUGCAGGUUCCCGAGAGAUGUGGGUCCCUGCCGGGGCAGCUUCCAGAAGUAUUUCUUCAACAUGACAACAAUGCAGUGUGAGCUGUUCUCAUAUGGAGGCUGCAAAGGCAACGAGAACCGCUUUGACAACCAAGCGUCUUGCAUGGAGUACUGCAGACCACAAAAAACUCUCCCUGUGCUCUGUUCGGACCACCUGGAUAAAGGAGGGUGCUCUGCCUCCAUACCGCGCUACUACUACAACGCGUCUUCCAAGAUGUGCGAGCAGUUCAUCUACUCGGGCUGUGGUGGAAGCAGCAACAACUUCGUGUCCCGACAAAGCUGCAUGGACGUCUGCGCAAAAGCUGGCAAACUAUGGAAAACCAAAAACCCAGUGACAAAAACAGCCAUGAUGAAAAUACCUAAGAAACGCAGUAGAAGUAAGCUCAUCAACACUAAACUGUCAGCAGUUUGAUGGACGUAUUUUUAAUCAAAGGGGCACAUUAAUUGACUGUACAUGAACAGUCAUUGACAUUUGUAUUGUAAUUUGUGUUUGUUUUACUUCAUCAGAACUGAUUAGACACAAUGCUUGAGCUGCCUUUUCUGUAGAUGUUAACCGUAAUGCAUAUUUGAAAAGAGCUAAAUGUGAAUUAACCCCACCAGUAUUAUAAUUUCUCAGAUUUCUCAAAACAUUAUGUACAAUAAACAAUAUGCACAAUGGCAACUAUCGUACAUUUUAUGUAUUUAUAUUUAAAUACUAUAUCAUGUAUUUUGAUCUGGGCUGCUUGCAGUAGAAGCAAAUCAUAUGGCAGUCAGUGGAGAACAGCGAAAGAAAUAUUUUAAACUUUAUAAUGUUUAUUACUGUACUUUUUCUACAAUUUCAUGUUGUUUAUUGUGUAUGGCUGCUUAUUGUGUUUUUACUGUGGAUUACUGUUGCACUGAGUAUAUUGUCUGGAAAUAUUAGGAAAAGAAUGUUCUGUCUUGUUAUUUUCUGUUUAUACAUUGUCAGUUUGUCCAAAAAAACCUUUGGUUGGCUUUAUGUGACGUUUUUACACUGACAUAUUUUGUAUUCAAUAAAAAACCUAUGACUGUACAGUACUCAGUCAUUUUAUAAAACAA